GCCUCUCCUCUCGUCUGCAGCCGCAGCCGCUCUCCCGGCCCUGGUCCGGCACCAUGAGCUUCGGCUCGGAGCACUACCUGUGCGCCGCCUCCUCCUACCGCAAGGUGUUCGGAGACGGCUCUCGCCUGUCCUCGCGCCUCUCCGGCGCCGGCGGCGCGGGCAGCUUCCGCUCGCAGUCGCUGUCCCGCAGCAAUGUGGCCUCCUCGGCCGCCUGCUCCUCGGCCUCGUCGCUCGGCCUGGGCCUGGCCUACCGCCGGCCGCCGGCGUCCGAAGGCCUGGACCUGAGCCAGGCGGCGGCGCGCACGAACGAGUACAAGAUCAUCCGCACCAACGAGAAGGAGCAGCUUCAGGGCCUCAACGACCGCUUCGCCGUGUUCAUCGAGAAGGUGCACCAGCUGGAGACGCAGAACCGCGCGCUCGAGGCCGAGCUGGCCGCCCUGCGCCAGCGCCACGCCGAGCCGUCGCGCGUCGGCGAGCUCUUCCAGCGAGAGCUGCGCGACUUGCGCGCGCAGCUGGAGGAGGCGAGCUCAGCGCGCGCGCAGGCCCUGCUGGAGCGCGACGGGCUGGCCGAGGAGGUGCAGCGGCUGCGGGCGCGCUGCGAGGAGGAGAGCCGCGGGCGCGAAGGCGCCGAGCGCGCCCUGAAGGCGCAGCAGCGCGACGUGGACGGCGCCACGUUGGCCCGCCUGGACCUAGAGAAGAAGGUGGAGUCGCUGCUGGACGAGCUGGCCUUCGUGCGCCAGGUGCACGACGAGGAGGUGGCCGAGCUGCUGGCCACGCUGCAGGCAUCGUCGCAGGCCGCGGCCGAGGUGGACGUGGCUGUGGCUAAACCAGACCUGAGUUCGGCGCUGAGGGAGAUCCGCGCCCAGUAUGAGUCCCUGGCCGCCAAGAACCUGCAGUCAGCCGAGGAGUGGUACAAGUCCAAGUUUGCCAACCUGAACGAACAGGCGGCGCGCAGCACCGAGGCUAUCCGGGCCAGCCGCGAGGAGAUUCACGAGUACCGGCGCCAGCUGCAGGCACGCACCAUCGAGAUUGAGGGCCUGCGUGGGGCCAAUGAGUCCUUGGAGAGGCAGAUCCUGGAGCUGGAGGAGAGGCACAGUGCUGAGGUGGCUAGCUACCAGGAUAGCAUCGGGCAGCUGGAGAAUGAUCUGAGGAACACCAAGAGUGAGAUGGCACGCCACCUUCGUGAAUACCAGGACUUGCUCAAUGUCAAAAUGGCUCUUGACAUUGAGAUAGCAGCUUACAGGAAACUGCUGGAAGGUGAAGAGACACGUUUUAGCACCAGUGGGUUAAGCAUUUCAGGGCUGAAUCCACUUCCCAAUCCAAGUUACCUGCUCCCACCCAGAAUCCUCAGCUCUACCACCUCCAAAGCCUCCUCCACUGGGCUGUCUCUUAAGAAAGAGGAGGAGGAAGAGGAGGCUACUAAGGUAGCCUCUAAGAAAACCUCCCAGAUAGGGGAAAGUUUUGAAGAAAUUUUGGAGGAGACAGUGAUAUCUACUAAGAAAACCGAGAAAUCAAAUAUAGAAGAAAGCACCACUUCAAGCCAAAAAAUAUAAUUCUGUUGCUUAAAAGAAAAGUUAAUGCUUAAGAGGGGGAUAAUAAGCAUUUGACUUGUUAAAGAACCUAUUCCUCAACCAAAACACCUGUCACCACUAUAAAAUGUCUUCAAAGCUUCAGUCUCAUAUUUAGCAUCGAGUACUUACUUUCUCUAAUAAGAAAACCACCUUUAGAUUGGAGCAACUGCAGUCCUAGAGCAAUCACAGAGGAGCUAUCUAAGAAUCCAGCUUGCCCUCCGAAAGCUCGGGCUUCACAGCCGUAGGUGGUUCAGGUACAGAGGCAGUACAAACUAAGGUGCUGCAUCUGUGAUCCUCGCCAUUUGCUGUGAAGUGAAAGUAAAACCUAUAUUCGCUCACUAUUCCCAGCCACUAGCCAGCUAUGUAAUCUCACUCUAGAUGCCUAAAACAUCAGAUCACUGCCAAAGAUAAACCAGUGGUCCACACCAACACCACCCUGAUAGAACUGUUCACAAGUGAUGGGUGUUUGCUGAAUGGACACUUGCCCUCCCACUCCCCUCAGUUCCAUAUAUCCUUUUAUUCCAUUCAGGGAAAAAACCCCAAAAGUCUAAUGUAGUAUUCUUCCCUUUAAACACAUUUAGGUUCUUCUCAAAAGAACUUACCCCCUUUAGCUCUCUUUGCUCAAUGGGUAAAAUUAGAUGCAUGUUGACCAUUUCUAUGAUUCGUGUAAGGACUUCUGCCUGUCCAUUUCAUAUCCUUCCAAUUCUGUAAGUUAAAAAAAAGAAAAUGGCAGUGAUGAGUUUUAAGGGUUGCCCCCAAAAUAAUGAAAAAGUUCCUAGAUUUUAGACUUUCAGCUUAUUUGAAUCCAUUUAAUUAGGAAAAAAUUAUUAAGAUUGUAGCUUUUCCCCUUAACUUUAGAAGCGCAGUAUUAGUUAUCCCAAACUGUGAUUAAGCUGACCUUAGAUUUAGUAUAAGCUAGAAGAGGUGAGUAUUUGUAUGAAUGGAAAAAGCCGAGGUCUCAUUGAUCUGUGUCAGUUCAUUUGUAGUGAUUGAUAUAGAAUUAGCUGUUUCAGACAAUACACAGAUUUCCCUUCCCACUAGUCUAGGUCCCAAAGAGGCCUUAUUUUCACUCUCCUAAGUCUUUCACUAAGUGUAGGUUAUGUUAUCACCAGGACACAAGGCUACUGCCCCAAAAUAAGUCGUCAUUUCUGGUCAAUCCACACCACCAACAAAUAUGUAUUAAAAAAAGAAAAUCUUUCUCUUUUCUAAAAGAGUCUUGCCCAAUAGUUUUCCCAUUGCUGCACGGUUGGUGGGGUCUCCCUUCCCUGCUGGAGAGGACGAGAUGCUCAGGACAGAGAAGGGGCACACAUGCUCCUGCCUACAUGCUAGGAGGUAGAUUCUGGAGAGUACACUUGUCUGCCCAGCUAUGCAGCAGCCGCAUUGGCCAGUCUUCUGCGUGUGCCAAGUUUGAUGUAGGAUUGUCUGUCAGCAGUCACUUCCACCAGAGCUGAAGAGUUGCCAUGUCUCUGUCACACAUGUCCGUUGUGAGCUCUGCGGUGAUAAGAAUGUCAUGCUUUUACUGACCUUUCUUAUCCUAACACCUGCUUCAAUAAUUCAAGGCACUUGAAAGAUACUUUUCUCUUCUCCCUUCCCCUUACUCCAUCCCUGUCUUUACUCCCCACACUUACUGUAAAACAUUAGUAAAAUAAAAAUUAAAAGUCACAUGAAUCCCACCAACAUAA